AUGCUCCUGGCAAUCAGCACGUCCUUUAUCACACUUGCCUUCGUUCGCCCUGUCCUCAGUCAGGGCGAGUGUCAGCGCUUAGUUGAUAAACAUUGCAUCUACGGUCCCGACUUCUCGCAUCUAGUCGAGCCGAUGUUCGUCAAUACCACGCGCGGCGAAGUCCUUCGCGAGAGUCGUGGCGGUGGCGGCUCGCAGACUUUCCUCCUCGACGAUCACAGCGACGGCUUCAUCGCAGUGCAUUGUCUCGGCGUUGAUAAGGACGAGUCUCUCGAGUUCAGCUUUGACGGCAAUCUGUCUUUCGUUGUGGGCCCCACUGUAGAGGGAAAGGCAUGGGCAUCUUUUUCGAACAACCCGAGGAAGGUUGGCAAAGGUCAAGAACAAGGCAGCAGGACGAAGGGAGUUGACCUCUUUGUCGGAUGUUAUUAG